UGUAUUUGGAACACAAUAUUCUUUUAUAUGGACUACUUAUAAAUCUACCUGUCUGUGGAACCCUGUGCAGUUCCUGUGACCAGCUCCUUGUUUCAGAGCCCAUUUUGGAAGACUCUUGUCUUAGAUACAGGACUUACACAGGUGAAGUUUUCUUUUGGAAGACGAUGGUGCUUUCCAUCAAAAACCCACCAAGGAUGGACACGGACAGAAACCACAUGGCUGCGAGGAUAUUAGACCUCACCCUGGAGAUCAUCUACUUGAUAACAGGAGAGGAUUACACAGUAGUGAAGAAGUCGUCUGGUGAGUGUGUGACACCCAAUGUGUCAGGAGAAUGGAGCAGGAACCCGGGAGCCAUCACCGAGCCUCCACCUCAUUCAUUGAUACAUGAGCAGAAGAUCCAAGAACUUACCAACAGGAUCACUGAGCUGCUGACCGGAGAGGUUCCUAUAAGGUGUCAGGAUGUCGCUGUCUAUUUCUCCAUGGAGGAGUGGGAGUAUUUAGAAGGACACAAGGAUCUGUACAAGGAUGUCCUGAUGAAGGAUCACCAGCCCCUCAAAUCACCAGAUGAGUCCAGUAGGAGAAAUCCACCAGAGAGAUGUCCCAGUCCUCUAUAUUCCCAGUAUUGUCCUGAGGAAAAGCAAAAUGUCCCACUGGAUCAUCAGGAGUGGGAAUAUUUAGAAGGACACAAGGAUCUGUACAAGGAUGUCCUGAUGAAGGAUCACCAGCCCCUCACAUCACCUGAUGAGUCCAGUGGUAGAAAUCCACCAGAGAGAUGUCCCAGUCCUCUAUAUUCCCAGGAUUGUCUUGAGGAAAAGCAAAAUGUCCCACUGGAUCAUCAGGACGCGGCAGUCUCAUGGAGACUUCCAAGAAACCCAGUUAAUGGUACAGGCCUCUCACAGGUAAACAUUUCUUUGGAAGUUUUUCAUGACCCACCUAGGAUGGAGAAGGACAGUAACAACAUGGCUGCGAGGAUAUUAGACCUCACCCUGGAGAUCAUCUACUUGAUAACAGGAGAGGAUUACACAGUAGUGAAGAAGUCGUCUGAUGAGUGUGUGACACCCCAUGUGUCAGGAGAAUGGAGCAGGACCCCGGGAGCCAUCACUGAGCCUCCACCUCAUUCACUGAUACAUGAGCAGAAGAUCCUAGAACUUACCACCAGGAUCACUGAGAUGCUGACCAGAGAGGUUCCUAUAAGGUGUCAGGAUGUCACUGUCUAUUUCUCCAUGGAGGAGUGGGAGUAUUUAGAAGGACACAAGGAUCUGUACAAGGAUGUCCUGAUGAAGGAUCACCAGCCCCUCACAUCGCCAGAUGAGUCCAGUAGGAGAAAUCCACCAGAGAGAUGUCCCAGUCCUCUAUAUUCCCAGGAUUCUGCACAGGAAAAGCAGAAUGUCCCACUGGAUCAUCAGGAGUGGGAGUAUUUAGAAGGACACAAGGAUCUGUACAAGAACGUCAUGAUGAAGGAUCACCAGCCCCUCACAUCACCGGAUGAGUCCAGUAGGAGAAAUCCACCAGAGAGAUGUCCCAGUCCUCUAUAUUCCCAGGAUUGUCCUGAGGAAAAGCAAAAUGUCCGACUGGAUCAUCAGGAAAGUUUUGGCGGAAUGACGAGUGGACCAGAAAACCCCACAUCAGAGUCAGUGAAUGGUAAAAACUGGAAGAGAGACUCUCAUGACUAUAUUUUGUAUGAAGUAGACGAUAAUCAAUUACAGACUGGCAAAACUAGAAUUGUAGAUGGACAGUUUGACAGUUUUGCAAGUUCCGAAAGUGGAAAGCAUUUUAAAGAAAAAUGUAGUCAUUCCAUGCAUGAGGGAAUUUGGAUUAAUGAAAGGCGGUUUACAUGUACUGAAUGUGGGAAAUCUUUUACUCAGAAAUCAACUCUUGUGGCCCAUCAGAGAAUUCACACAGGGGAGAAGCCGUUUCCAUGUUCGGAAUGUGGAAAGUGUUUUACUAGGAAAUCCUAUCUUGUUGGACACCAGAAAACUCACACAGGAGAGAAGGAAGCUUCGUGUUCAGAAUGUGGGAAAUGUUUUCGGAGUAAAUCAAGUCUUUCAAAGCAUCUGAGAACUCACACAGGGGAGAAGCCAUUUUCAUGUUCAGAAUGUGGGAAAUGCUUUACUAGUAAAUCCUAUCUUGUUGAACAUCAUAAAAUUCACACAGGGGAGAAGGAAGCUUCAUGUUCAGAAUGUGGGAAAUGUUUUACUAGGAAGUCCUAUCUUGUUAGACAUCAGAGAAUUCACACAGGAGAGAAACCAAAUUCAUGCUUAAAGUGUGGGAAAUGUUUUAACCAGAAAUCAACUCUUUUGAAACAUCUAAGAAUUCACACAAAGGAGAAGCCAUUUUCAUGUUCAGAAUGUGGGAAAUGUUUUCGCUAUAAAGCAGAUCUCAUGAAACACCUAAGAAUUCAUACUGGGCAGAAGCCAAAUUCCUGUUCAGAAUGUGGGAAAUGUUUUAAUAACAAAUCAAGUCUUAUAGAGCAUUUAAGAACACACACAGGAGAGAAACCAUAUUCAUGUCCUGAAUGUGGGAAACGUGUUAACCAUAAAUCAGAUCUUGUGAAACAUCUGAGAACGCACACAGGAGAGAAGCCAUUUUCAUGUACUGAAUGCGGGCAAUGUUUUAGUCAGAAAUCGAGUCUUGUAAAACAUCAGAGAAUUCACACAGGGGAGAAGCCAUAUUCAUGUUCGGAAUGUGGGAAAAGUUUUAGUCUCAGUUCAAGUCUUGUGAAACAUAUGAGAAUUCACACAGGGGAGAAGCCAUAUUCGUGUACAGUGUGUGGUAAAUGUUUUACCUAUAAAGCAGAUGUUGUAAAACAUCUUAGAACUCACACCGAGCAGAAGCCAAAUUCAUGUUCAGAAUGUGGGAAAUGUUUUAGUAACAAAUCAAGUCUUGCAGAGCAUCUAAGAAUUCACACAGGGGAGAUGCCAUAUUCAUGUCCUGAAUGUGGGAAAUGUUUUAUCCAUAAAUCAGAUCUUAUGAAACACCUGAGAACUCACACAGGGGAGAAACCAUUUUCAUGCACAGAAUGCGGGCAAUGUUUUAGCCAGAAAUCAAGUCUUGUAAAACAUCAGAGAAUUCAUACAGGGGAGCAUGUUCAGAAUGUGGGAAACAUUUUAGUGUCAGAUCAAGUCUUGUGAAACAUCGUAGAACCCACAAAGGGAAGAUGUCGUUGUUAUGUACGGUAUGUAUGAAGUUUUAUAACUAUAAAAGAAGUCUUUUGGUCUUAUUCAGAAAACAUGUUUUGGAACAUCUGAGAACACACAGAAGAGAAGCCAAAUUCAUGUGCAAUAAGUGGGAAAUCUUUUAGUCAAAAAUCAAGUCUUGUUAACCUUUUCGGCCCUGGGUAAUUUUCCAUAUUCGUGUUUUUGUUUUUAACUCCCUCACUUCUAGGAGCCAUAACAUUUGCUUAUUUUUCUGUUCACAUAGCAGU